AGAAAGCACCUUGGCCCAGCCUGCUGCACCUUCCUUCCUUCCCUCGGGAUUUUCCACAUCCAAGCACAGACCUCCGCUUUGUUUUGACGUGCUCUGAAAUCACUCAGGAGAUAAAGGGGUGAUCUACCUCCUUGUACUUGGCAUUGGAUGUUUGGAGUGGCAGAUAUUUCCCAUGCUGGUUUUUUUUUUUGUUGUUGUUUUUUUUUCUCUCUCUUUUUGUGAACUGGGACGUAGGCAAACAAGCCAACAAGCUUGACUGUGGCAGAACAAGCUUUAGCCAAAGAGAGACAGAGGGGUGCACAUGAAGAGUUCCCAUGGUGACCCAAGCGUCAGGACGGCCAGCUGCGUGAGCUUUUCAACCAUGCAGUACUUCGGAGGAAAACUGUCGGCCGCCCAGCUGCAGGUGGCAGGUUGGGUGGGCAGCGUACGACGGUCCUUGCAUGGGGCUCUGGAGCUGGUGUGGGGCCCCUCGGAGGAGAAGCAGGACGAGGAAGAGGAUGAUAAAGAAGAAGAAGAAGAAGAAGAGGAAGAAAGUGGAGGAGGAAGAUUUCAGAGAGCCAUGUCACCGCUUCGUAGCUUCGCCAGACGUAGCAGGAGAUCCCUGCGUCACUUCUCCAUCAGGAGUCGGCAGACUGUGCAGAGGAGAGCCACUGAAACCUGCUCUGUGCCGGUUAACAGUUUCCUCACAAACGAUGAUGACAAAGACACUGAUGCUUUGAUAGGCAGUGAACCAGACCAGCAGGAUGGGGUCUGUGAACCAACGUCUGAAACCGACAGUUCAAAGCACAUCCCUGAACAAGUUGCCGAAGUCUCCUCUGAAGAUGUCGAUACCACUGAUUUGCACAAAGAGCCAGAGUUGGCUCCGUUCCCUGAGAGCUCCACUCCUCUCCUUGACACCAGCGCACAGAGAUCCAGGGCAGACCUGGGUAAGAGGCGAAUCCGAUCGCGUCCGUCACGCUUGGUCCGCACGGCACAGACGGAAGCACUGGACUGGAGGGCCCACGACUCCACAGACACAAAGGAGUCGUCUUUGAAACAAAGGGAGUCUGAUUCUGAGGAGGAUCAGCCUACACCGAAGACAGUCAGCUCUCUUCCUCCCACUUCCCAGAGAGUCCCCGUGUUUCCUGGUUUGAGCCCUGCAGCCCUGCUUGCCCGGCGUAAAAAGAAAACAAGUGAAGGAGCAAGUUUACCACAUGAAGAAAAGGCAAGAGAGGAGAAAGAAACUGUAAAUGAGGAAGCAGCACCAUCUCCCUCUCAGCUCUCGCGCUCUCCUCGCUCGGCUGCGCAUCUCGCAGGGGCUGCGCGGGUGCUGCCACCCAUAGGCGGCAAGGACGGAGGCGCUGUGUCCUCGCCCGCUUGGCUGAAAGAGUUAAAGUCUAAGAAGCGUAUGAGUCAGCAUGGUGAUUCUUAGUCACCCACAGGAGACACUGUGCCGCUGCUGCUGCUGCUCAGCCAGAAUCAGUCCACUUCUGCUGCUGCUGCUGCUGCUGACAAACACCUCGACAUGAUUGCUGCAUUCUGCGCUUCGAGUGCCUUAUUUUGGACCUUUACUGAGAAUUCAGGCUUUUGCUGAACACAGAGGCAAUCAAGAACUUUUACAGCUUGUAAAUGAAAUAUGGUGCCAAGGCUGUGUGCCCAGACUGUGAUGUGUUAAUGCCAAGUACAUGUUUUUUCAACUGUUGUAUCGAGGCUCAGCGGAACGCCAGUGGACUUUAGAGCAAAGCUAUGGACUGUCUUAGUGUUUCAGUCUGUCACACGCUGACAAGGACUGAUGACACGAGGCCUUCAGCAGGGAAUCUACAUUCACACACACACGCCUUUCUAUGCUUGUGAGGACACUCAUUAACAUAAUACAUUCCAUCUUAUACAGCCACCUAAAUCUAAUUCUAACCGUAAACUUAAGAUCACGUCUCAACCACUUAAACAGCCCUCAUCAGACAGCGAAAAUCCUCAUGGUUGUUUUGAACUAACACAUGUCCACACAAACAUAGAAAGACAUGGAUAAGCAUACACAUAUGUACAUAAAUACUGAAUAUAACAAUGUGUGUUAGUUUUUACUUUGUACAAAUGUCUUUUACAUCUUAUAACCAAUCACAAAUCGUCUCAAGUAAAGCUUGAAGCACUUUAAGAGAAAUUAUAACAAAUCACCGUCCAUACUGUACAUCCAAGCAAUAGAAUAAUCCAGUGUAAACUGUAGUAACAGAGUUCGGAGUUUUUUGUCUAGUUUCUCUUGAAAAUAAGAUCCCUCAGGACGUCAAUAGGUUCUACCUGAUUUUAUUAACACACCCAAAAGCCAGAAAAUCAGCAAUGAGCUGAGGAGAGAUAUUUGUGGUGUACAAACAGAAUCUGGAUGUUUGGUUUGUACAUUCUUAAUUCUAGAAAAAUGCAUUAUUCUGCUACAGAUUCAUUUAUGUGCCUUUUUAAUGUGUAAGAAUGAAUGUCAUCAAUUCUAUAAUCAUUUAUGAUCAACAUACUGUAUGUAAAGAGGAAAUUGAGGGAAUUUUAUUAAAACUUUUUCUAUGAAAUGAA